UUCCUUCUGAAUCCAUCCCUUACUUUCUAUAGGUCUGUGAUCCCCUUUGCUUGUUCCUGGGCCUGUCCUUGAGACCCUUCAUAGCUCCAGUUCUUGGCAUUUCCGUUUUCAACAUGAGCCACGAAGAGAGAAGAGGUCUCUCUCUGGUGGACCUGUGAGAGCUGCUCAGCAGUGGAACUCUCUCUCUCUCUCUCUCUGCCCCAGAGUGUGAUGGAGGCAUCUAACCCUAACCCUAAUCUUUUGUUUCUUUCUUGACCAGGGAAAUGAAGACCCUAUGAAGUCACCACUGGGAUGAUAUGAAAAUAUCAGUAUUUAGUGGAUAUAUUUAGGAGUUUGGAAACCAAAGUGCAAUAACGAAAGGAAUCCCAUCGGAAGAAGAAACCCUCUCUAGGUGCUGAUCUUGUGGAACUCACUUUGGAUCAGAAAGAAAAAGGGAAGUGUCCAUAUUGCAAUGAGUUAUAUAUAUAACUCUUAACAUGGAGAAGAAACUCUAUAGAUGUCAUGAGUGUGGAAAGAGCUUCACUCAGAGUCGAAAUCUACAUUCACAUCAAAGAACUCAUACUGGGGAGAAACCCUAUACAUGCCUUGAAUGUGGACAGACCUUUGCUCAGAUUGGAAAUCUACAUUCACAUCAAAGAACUCAUACUGGGGAGAAACCCUAUACAUGCCUGGAGUGUGGACAGAGUUUCACUCGGAGUGGAGGACUACGCAGACAUCAAAGGACACACACUGGAGAGAAACCCUAUAAAUGCCUGGAGUGUGGACAGAUCUUCACUCGUAGUUCAAAUCUACGUUCACAUCAAAGAACUCAUUCUGGGGAGAAACCCUAUACAUGCCUGGAGUGUGGACAGAGCUUCACUGUGAGUGGAGGACUACGCAGACAUCAAAGGACUCACACUGGGGAGAAACCCUAUAAAUGCCUGGAAUGUGGACAGUCCUUUGCUCAGAUUGGAAAUCUACGUUCACAUCAAAGAACUCACACUGGGGAGAAACCCUAUACAUGCCUGGAAUGUGGACAGAGCUUCACUGGGAGUGGAGAACUACGCAAACAUCAAAGGACUCACACUGGGGAGAAACCCUGUAAAUGCCUGGAAUGUGGACAGAGUUUCACUCAGAAUUCACAUCUAUAUAGACAUCAAAGGACUCACACUGGGGAGAAGUCCUAUAAAUGCCUGGAAUGUGGACAGGCCUUUGCUCAAAUGGGAAAUCUACGUUCACAUCAAAGAACUCAUACUGGGGAGAAACCAUACAAAUGCCUGGAAUGUGGACAGAGCUUCACUGGGAGUGGAGAACUACGCAAACAUCAAAGGACUCACACUGGAGAGAAACCCUAUAAAUGCUUGCAAUGUGGACAGAGCUUCAGUCGGAAUUCAAAUUUACGUUCACAUCAAAGAACUCACACUGGGGAGAAACCCUAUAUAUGUCUGGAGUGUGGACAGACCUUUGCUCGGAUUGGAACUCUACAUUCGCAUCAAAGAACUCACACUGGGGAGAAAUCCUAUCAAUGCCUCGAGUGUGGACAGACCUUUGCUCAGAUUGGAAAUCUACGUUCACAUCAAAGGACUCACACUGGGGAGAAACCGUAUAAAUGCCUAGAAUGUGGACAGGACUUCACUGAGAGUGGAGGGCUACGCAGACAUCAAAGGACUCACACUGGGGAGAAACCCUAUAAAUGCCUGGAGUGUGGACAGACCUUUGCUCAAAUUGGAAAUCUACGGUCACAUCAAAGGACUCACACUGGGGAGAAACCGUAUAAAUGCCUGGAGUGUGGACAGGGCUUCACUGAGAGUGGAGGGCUACGCAGGCAUCAAAAGACUCACACUGGAGAGAAACCCUAUAAAUGCCUGGAAUGUGGACAGAACUUCCGUCAGAAUUCAAAUCUACGUUCACAUCAAAGAACUCACGCUGGGGAGAAACCGUAUAAAUGUCUGGAGUGUGGACAGGGCUUCACUGAGAGUGGAGGGCUACGCAGACAUCAAAGGACUCACACUGGGGAGAAACCGUAUAAAUGUCUGGAAUGUGGACAGGGCUUCACUGAGAGUGGAGGGCUACGCAGACAUCAAAGGACUCACACUGGGGAGAAACCUUAGAAAUGCCAGGAGUGUGGACAGACCUUCGCUCUGACUGAAACUCUGCGUAGACAUCAAAGAACUCACACUGGGGAGAAAUCCUUUAAAUACCUGGAGUGUGGACAGAGCUUUGCUCGUAGUGGAAGUCUACGUUCACAUGAAAGGACUCACACUGGAGUGAAACACUAUUCAUGCCCUUAGUGUGGACAGAACUUCACUCAGAAAUCCAAUCUAUACACACACCAAAGGACGCAAAUUGAAAGAAACCUUAUAAAUGCCUGGAGUGUAGAAAGACUUUAAGUUCUAGUGCAAAUCUAUGUUCACAUCACAGGCGGGACUCACACUUAUACAAAUGAAUGAGCAAUUUUAUUGAUUAGCCAGUUGACCUUAUCAAAAACAGACAGUGCAAACACAACAAACAACAUACAUCUAGUCCUCUUAAAAUAAAAUACAAAUAUACUGAUGCUCGUCAGCUUGAAACCAUUGUAGCUUAGCCCUAGAUACAUGCAUCAACUAUCCUCGUCUCCCGUACACUGCACCCCAAUCUGAUCUAUGUACUCCGAUCUCCUUUUAGCAGCUUUAAACAAAUAACAGACAACUUUUGUUGUCAGAAUGGGGUUGUAACCAGCCAACAAAAAUGAGGUUUUGGCUGCUGUGUCCCAGCCUGUUUCUUAAUGACUUAGAUGAAGGGCUAGAAGGCAGGAUCGUCAAGUUUGCAGACGGGACCAAAUUGGGAGGGAUAGCCAAUAGUCCAGAGGACAGGAGCAGAAUUCAAAACGAUCUUGACAGAUUAGAGAGAUGGGCCAAAACUA